AUGACCAUUUUUUCCAAGAGUAAUAGAAUUUUACUCAGGGUUUCAUGAAGAUAACCCUGAUAGUGUGUUGCCAACCUUCCUUUUCUCUCUGCAAAGGCAUUUGAUGAACUUAAAAAUAAGGCUUUCCUGUUCCCUACGGAGGAAGGGUACUAUUUGGGAGGUCCUAAGACUGCCCAUUUAUAGGAUUGGUUCUCUGAAAGUUGGGAAGUCUUUAAAGAGCAGGAGUGACACAAAAUCUGAGUCAUUUGGAACCUUCCUGUGUGAAAAGCUUAGAUGUCCUGAUAUAGAAAAAGGAGGCAUGGAAACAGUCGAAGUCUUCAAUCCAGAAGGCAAAGGCAGGGGACUGAAAGCAACAAAAGAAUUUUGGGCUGGAGAUGUAAUUUUUGCAGAGCGAGCCUAUUCUGCAGUGGUAUUUGACAGCCUCACGCACCUUGUCUGCCAUACUUGCUUCAAGAGGCAUGAGAAACUCCAUCGUUGUGGCCAGUGCAAGUUUGCCCACUACUGUGAUCGUACCUGCCAGAAGGAUGCCUGGCUGGAUCACAAGAGUGAAUGUUCUGCUAUCAAAAAGCGUGGGGUAGCCCCAAAUGAAAACAUCAGGCUGGCUGCCCGAAUCCUGUGGAGAAUUGAAAGAGAAGGAGGUGGCCUUACUGAAGGGUGUCUGGUUUCCACUGACAGCCUACAAAAUCAUGUGGAACAUUUUGGGGAGGAGGAAAAGAAGGAGCUGCGGAUGGAUCUGGAGAGUUUCCUGGAGUUCUGGCCACCUGAGAGCAAACAGUUUGGCAUGCAAUACAUCUCCCACAUAUUGGGUGUGAUCAAUUGCAAUGGUUUCACCCUGAGUGACCAAAGGGGACUUCAGGCAGUUGGCGUAGGCAUCUUCCCCAAUCUUUGCUUGGUGAAUCAUGAUUGUUGGCCCAAUUGCACUGUCAUCUUUAACAAUGGCAAGAUAGAACUUCGUGUAUUGAGUAAGAUCUCUGAAGGAGAAGAGCUGACUGUUUCCUAUAUAGACUUUCUCAAUGUCAGUGAAGACAGAAAGCAGCAACUGAGAAAACAGUAUUAUUUUGACUGUACCUGUGAGCAUUGCCAGAAAGGAAUCAAAGAUGACUUGAUGUUAGCUUUCAAAGAGGGGAAUGAAAAGCCAUCCCAAGAAGUGGUGAAAGAGGUCAUUCAGGUCUCCAAGGAAACCAUGAAAAAAGUUGACAAAGCUCGUUCUGAAGGAGUAUACCAUGAAGUGGUGAAAUUGUGCCGAGAGUGUUUAGCAAAGCAGGAACCAGUGCUGGGAGAAACCAAUAUUUAUCUGCUGCGAAUUCUUAGCAUCUUGUCUGAAGUUCUCUCUUAUCUCCAGCUCUUCGAUGAGGCUUCUGGUUAUUCAAAGCAGAUGGUGGAUGGUUACCUAAAACUUUAUCAUCCCAAAAAUGCCCAGCUUGGGAUGGCCCUCAUGAGAGCUGGGGUCACCCAUUGGCAUGCUGGGCUUAUUGAAGCAGGCCAUGGGAUGCUUUGCAAAGCUUAUGCUAUUCUUUUGGUGACACAUGGACCUACUCAUCCAAUUACCAAAGAUCUGGAAGCCAUGCGUAUCCAGUCUGAGAUGGAGCUGCGCAUGUUCCAGCAGAAUGAAUUUAUGUAUUACAAGAUGAGAGAGGCAGCUCUGAAGAACCAAAAGAUCCAGAUCAUGCCUGAGCCUACCAAUGAUGUUUCAGUUGGCCUCUUUCAGAAGAAGCAAUAAUAAGCUCCUUUGCUAAUCGAACAUGUAUCCUCAUAUUCCUGCAGCUACUGCACCAUCAGCAUUUCUCAUGCUAAGAGAAAGAUUGUGAUAUUUCAAGGGAAAAAGUAUUUGAUCCUGAAUUUUGACUGUCGAAAGAACAAAUGUAGUUGGAAAAAUUUCAUACAUUUUAUUAUAUUGAUUUAGAUAUGUUUACACAAUGCAUCUUCACAAUUAUUAAUAAAAUUGUUGCAGUAAUGUGUAUCUUUAACACAAUUCAGUUAAGGUUGUACAUACAUACAAAAGUGUUACUUUGUCCUGCUUCAUAUGUAUAUUUCUUUUGAAAGUAGGGUUAUUGAAAGAGUAUGGUGAACAAAAAAAUGCGUACAGUAAGUUAGAAGUACACUGCUCCCUCUAUAAAUUAGCUGAAAA